GUCUGAAACAGUGGUUUCAGACCAGAGGCUGAAACACGAAUGAUUAAACUAGGCAAGGAAUAGUUAGAGGAAAAUCAUAUAAUAAAUCAAUAAGGAAAUAAUCACAGUGUUUGAUUCAAAUUGAUUUAUUAUCAUUGUUUAGAACUAUAGGUUAAUGCAAUCAUUUAGAAACGUAGGAAACGUUUAAGAAAAAUUAUUAUCCGUGGUUUGAACCCACAUUACACGUUACAAUAGUAAAUGUUGGCAUUAACUUCAUGACUGUUACAUUUAAUAUGUCAUUGAGAGUAAAAAAAAAAAAAGAUUCUAUAUCAGUACAUCAGAUGAAAUAUCCUCAUUUUCGAGUCAAAGUCGUUUUCUGUAGUGUUAUAGCUUUAGUGGAGCUGGGAUUGUAAAUCACUAGUUAUGCUAAAUAUACCAGAUAUAUACAAAAACGUACGAUACUAUUUUGUAAGUGUCCAUAUGCAAAAUUGUACAACUUUCACCGCUGAACGUUUGAAAAGGGGAAGUAACUCCUCUUGGAUUUAUCUGAAUUACGUUAUUCUACAUUAAAAUACCUAAUGUUGAGCCCGGGUUCCGUUCGCGGUCCCGACGUCCCGUCAAACCAUAGAUUCAUUGAUUGAUUGAAUAUUGUUUGACGUCCCUCUAGAUAAUAUUUCACUCAUAUGGAGACGUCACCAAUGCCGGGGAAUGGCUGUAAAUAUUCCGAUAAAAUUCUACUUUACCAGAGUGUCCUGCAGAAUCAUACGGCCCUGAUUGUGUGUAUAACUGUAGAGGACAGUGUCGGAGCUACCGCCCCUGUAACAGGACAACAGAGAUAUGUGACGAUGGCUGUAAUCCAGGAUAUACCGGGGAACUACGUUUGACAUAAAUGUUUAUUGUUAUGUAGGAAAAGCUUGAGGGAGAUAUUUUUAAUUUGAAAUUGUUUCCCCUUAAUGCUAUUCUAGAAUGCUCCAUGGGAAGCUAUGGCAAAGAUUGUGGAAAUCACUGCAGCAGUCAUUGCAGAAAUAUGACAUGUAAUUCAAUCUCUGGAUCUUGUCUGGAGGGCUGUACAUCCGGAUACUUAGGAAGUUUCUGCAACAAGCAGGCACCUAUUGUCAGUAAUGAUGAGUAUAGUACCCCGGAUGCAUACAUCGCAGCCUUGUCUAUCUCACUGGUCAUCAACUUUAGCCUGGUCGUUGUCAUUGUUAUAUUAUUGAGGCUACUCUAUAACAGGAAACAAGAGAUGCGUUCGUCUGACUAUGUUACUAGUGCCGAAAUAUCACCGCCAUUACAAGUCAGCAAUAACGAUGUACACCUGUAUCAGGAACUCAACAUUCCCAAUGAUAGUUCAUAUCAGAAUCUCUCAUUAAGAGAUCGUUCAUAAAAUGCUUUUUGAAUUAAACUUAUUCUUCUCGUUUU